CUCACCAAACCACAACCAUGCCUGUAACUGCGAAGGGACCGUGUUCGACUAUUUGAUUUAUUAUCGCUAAAAUACGGGGAGGAAAAACAAGAGGAUUUUUUUGGGACGUGGACAGCGUACCACAUGAGUCAAUUUAAAGUCGUUUAAAGCAGCACUUCCUCUGUCUGUCUGUCUGUCUGUCUGUGUGUGUGUGUGUGUAGCGACCAACAGGACGCACCCACUGCUCGGCUCUGCCGUGUGAAGUUACGUACCUGCUCUCAGACGCAAAAUUAUCACAGAGAAAACAUGGCGAGGUUAAGCGAGCAGGGGAUUCGCCUCAGUUCGAUGAGCCCUUCCUUUUUGAACAGCAACUCCACCAGUCAUACCUGGCCGUUCAGCGCGGUGGCCGAGUUGAUAGACAAUGCGUCAGAUCCCGGUGUGUGCGCCAAACAGAUCUGGUUAGAUGUAGUUAAAAUCGACGAUCAGACUUGCCUGACAUUCACUGAUAAUGGCAGCGGGAUGACACCUAAUAAGCUGCAUAAGAUGCUCAGCUUUGGCUUCACAGAAAAGGGGUCUGGGAAGGCCAGUCAGCAGGCCAUCGGCUUGUACGGAAACGGCUUCAAGUCCGGCUCCAUGCGUCUGGGCCGCGAUGCGCUCAUCUUCACUAAAAAUGGCGGCUGUCAGACGGUGGGACUGCUCUCUCAGACCUACCUGCAAAACAUCAAAGCCCAGGCAGUCAUUGUUCCCAUGGUGCCCUUCAACCAACAGACCAGGUCCCUGGUUGUGACUGAAGACUCAGAGGCCAGCCUGGCAGCCAUCCUACAACACUCCAUCAUCAGGUCCCAGGAGGAGAUACUCACUCACUUCGACUCCAUCCCAUCAAAAAAAGGCACCAAGAUACUGAUCUGGAAUAUCCGCAGAGCCAAAGACGGUAAGACAGAGAUUGACUUUGACACGGAUUCAACCGACUUUCGUUUGCCUGUGAUUCAUCUCGAAGAGCUGAAGCAGGGCCUGAGGAACAGUGGGUCCCUAAGACCUGAGCAGAAUGUCCCAGACAUGUAUUGCAGCCUAAGGGCCUACCUCAGUAUCUUGUACCUGAAACCACGGACGCAGGUCAUUCUGAGAGGGAAGAAGGUUCUGGCCAAGUUGGUGUCCAAGAGUCUUAGCCACAUCGAACAUGACGUCUACAAACCUCAGUUUAGCAAAGAGAAGGUGAGGGUGACUUUUGGACUAAACCCUAAAAAGAAAGAGCACUAUGGCAUCAUGAUGUACCACAAGAACCGACUCAUUAAGGCCUACGAGAAAGUGGGCUGCCAGCUUAAGGUCUCAGGUCAAAGAGUAGGCAUUGGGGUGAUCGGCAUCAUCGAGUGUAAUUUUCUCAAACCCGCUCACAACAAGCAGGACUUUGAGUACACUAAAGAAUACAGACUCACCCUUGGUGCCCUGGGUCUAAAACUUAAUGACUUCUGGAAGGAGGUCAUAGAGAAGAGGGCCAGGGAGCGAGAGUUUCAAUCACUUGAUAAAGAUGACAGCGAAGACCAGGACGACACCGACAUUGGUCCCCUGUGGUUGCAGUGUGAAGAAUGCCUGAAAUGGCGAAGUGUCCCACCACAACAAUAUAAGGUCACUCCCGAAAACUGGCGCUGCAGCCAGAAUCCCAACCCACGUUACAGAAGCUGCUCGUCGCCAGAGGAAGCUGAGGAGAGCGAGGAACAGUUAACACCCAGCUACCAGAAAAACCACAAAAAGAUAAAGCACUUCAAAAGCAGAAAACAGGAAAAAUCAAAAGAGGCGUGGCACUCGGAGGACAAGGUGGCUAAGCACGAAACCUCGUCCUGCGCCUCAUCAGAGGAGCCUUCUUCCCCGGCCACGCACACACCUGAACACAGCACGCCAGAAAAGAGACUGGAACAGGAUGAGGCAGAUUUGCAUACAGACACUCGUGCGAAUGACGCGAAGACUCGACUGGUCACACACUACCGAGAGAAGGUUGCUGGAAGAAAAACAGCAACAGAGGAGCAACACGAACUUUCACACGUGGAAAAUGAUCCGACCCUCGAAGAUGAGGAGGACAAAAAGAAGGAGGUCGUGGAGAAAGAGGAGGAGCACACAGACACUUUCAGCCGCAAAAGAAAGUCUGGACCUAUUUUUACCUACAUCACAGAAAAGCGCUGGAGACAGCAGCCGGCGGACUCAGUGGCGGCGACGACGGCGGCGGAGGAUUUGCCUUCUGGGAAACAAAUACACACGUUAAAAAAGGACAGCAACAGCAGCCAAGUGGAGAAGUCGAACGGUUUGCAGCAGACCCCGACCAACCACACCUGGACCUACUCGCCGCUGGCCACCCAGACCGUGGUGGUGUCCCCGCUGAGGACGGAGCGGCCGCAGAGCACGGCGCUGCCUCCGGAGCUGGGCGAGCGGGAGGUGAAAGUGCAGAAGCUGGCUGCGUUGGAGAAGGAAGCCGAGCGGCUACGGAGCCUCCUGGGGCUGGAGGUGUCCAAGGCGACGCGGGGCACCAUGACGACUGCGGACGGUGCGGUCGAGAAAGAGGGGAUGGAGAGAUCUACGGUGUCCACAACAAGCCAGGAGGUCGGCUGCCAAACAGUUGUUCCUGAGUGCUCCACUUCUGCGCUGGAGAGCAAGCCGAAGAAAGAGAGGAGUGAAAGUCAGAGCAGAGUGAGAACGAGUGACGGUGACGCCUGUGAUGACAGCAGGUCGGCUGAGCAGAGCCUGCGUGACAUGCGUAACAACGUGGUGGUGCUCCUCACAGCCCUGCUGCCCCAGCUGGACCUGGCCGGCAUCAGCCUAGAGACAGCAGACGUGGACAACAUCCUGCAGCAGAUCAUAGAGGUUAACUCGCUCAAACUAUGAGCGCCUCCAAGUCCUGCAGAGGACGGUCGCCUUGUGUUUCCUGCAGAGGAAUGCACUAAAUGCCCAGGUUCUUCCUUCAUCCGAUUACUUUCCUUACCUCAUGGCCUUCAGAUUAUUGAAAAGGAGCAUCUUGUGGGUGGAUUACGCAUUUCUAUGAUGUUAGUGAAAAACCAAAGAGUUCAGAAUCCAAACAACUUGACAUAUUUGAGGAUGUGCUCCAAAAGAGUUGUUCAAAACCUGAUUCAUUCAAGGCAGAAAUAAAAGUUGUGUCAUUGCAUAAGCUUAAUAAAAUGAUGUGAGCCAUCAUCAAAACUAAAGUGGUCAUACACAGUUAUAAAUUGUUAGCCUGGCCAUCCACACUGACUUGUGCCAUGUGCGUUCAGUGCACAGAUUGUCAGUCUGGGCAGGCCUGGACUCUCCGGUCUAAAACUUACCGGACCAAUCACAGCGCAGGAGGCGGGAGUUUACAAUGGGUCACUCUUAGCAGCAGAAUGACUUAGGGCUGGAUGAUAAUUCAAUAACAAUAUAUCGAUCAAUAGACGUGUGGCGUGAUAGGAAAAAAUAGGGU